AUGGCUCGAACGGUGGCAGCCAUGGCCGCGCUGGCAGGUCUCGCUACGUCGGCAACUGUCACACACGACUUCAACAUCACUUGGGUGAAUCGUAAUCCAGAUGGCCAAAUGGAGAGACCUGUCAUCGGUAUCAAUGGCGAAUGGCCGAUACCAGUGCUGAACUUCACGAAAGGCGACAAUGUAGUUAUCAACAUGAACAACCAGCUUGGCAACCAAAGCACGAGCUUGCACUUCCACGGACUCUUCCAGAACGGCACGAACGAGAUGGAUGGUCCUGUCGGCGUAACACAAUGUGAUGUGCCUUCCGGAUCCACCUUCACGUACAACUUCACAGUUGACCAGCCAGGCACCUACUGGUAUCACUCACAUAGCCGUGGCCAGUAUCCAGACGGUCUCCGAGGCCAAUUCGUAGUGUACGACCCAGACAGUCCCUAUACGGAUAUGUACGACAAGGAACUCUCAAUAACACUUUCGGACUGGUAUCACGAUGAAAUGCCCGGCCUCAUCAAGAAGUUCAUGAGCGUGGAGAACCCAACCGGCGCAGAACCUGUACCAAACUCUGCCUUGAUGAACGAGACACAGAACUUCAAGCUGGCGGUCGAGCCCGGCAUGCGAUACUUCUUCCGUAUGACGAACGUAGCGGCAUUUGCUGGUCAAUACUUCUGGAUCGAAGGGCACAGCCUGACCAUUAUCGAAGUCGACGGCGUUUAUACCGAGCCUGCUGAAGCUGAGAUGAUAUACAUAACAGCCGCCCAACGUUACGGAUUCAUCGUCACGGCGAAGAAUGACGCGUCUGCGAAUUUUGCCAUGGUCGGCAGCAUGGACACUGAUCUGUUCGAUGCAUUCUCACCCGACUUGCAGUACAAUGUCACCGGCUGGCUUGUGUACGACGAGCAGAAGCCUCUUCCCGAGCCAGCUCUGCUCGAUAGCUGGGAUGCGCAAUAUGACGAUGUCGACUUGGUACCGCAGGAUGGCAUGGAAGUCCUCGGUCAUGUUGACUAUUCCUUCAACCUCAAUCUGUCCAUGAACAACCUCGGCGACGGGGCUAACUAUGCCUGGUUCAACGACAUCACCUACGUAAGGCCAAAGGUACCCACGCUGUACUCCGCACUUACGACCGGCACUUUCGCGGACAAUGCGACAGUCUACGGUCGGGACACCAACUCUUUCGUACUCCAGCACAAUCAGAUCAUCGAGAUUGUGCUCAACAACAACGACCCAGGCAAGCACCCGUUCCAUCUCCACGGCCACAACUUCCAGGUCGUCUACCGCAGUCCCGAUGAAUGGGGCAACUACGAUGCCAACAAUCACACUGAUUUCCCAGAAAAGCCCAUGCGUCGAGACACUGUAUGGGUCAGGCCAAAUGGAAACUUCGUGAUCAGAUUCCGAGCUGACAACCCUGGUAUCUGGCUGUUCCAUUGCCAUCUUGAAUGGCACUUGGCUAGCGGUCUGAUCGCGACAAUGGUCGAAGCGCCACUCGAAAUCCAGAAGAGCAUCACCGUACCUCAACAACAUUACGACGUCUGCGCCGCUGCCGCCACACCUACUGCCGGCAAUGCCGCCGCAAACACAGUCGACGCUCUAGACCUUGACGGACAGGCAUUGAGCAAAGCGCCGCUACCCUCAGGCUUCACCGCAAAAGGCAUUGUCGCGCUCGUCUUCAGCUGCAUUGCAGCUUUCCUCGGAAUGGCAGUCAUUGCAUGGUACGGAGCUGCUCCGCUCUCUGCUGCAGAAAUGGCACAGACUCGAAGAUUCGUCGCCAACGCAUGUGGUUCCACGACAUGA